AAUGGACUAUUCGGAGAACCCUCCAGACUCCAGCUUUGGGGAACACUUCCUGAUUCGAUGUGAGAACAAUACCUCUGGAGCAUUUCACCCGACUUCUGCUCCGAUUUUGGCUAUUUUUUCAUAAAAAGGUGCAAUAUCAGAGGCGUAAGACGCAUGGCACGUCACCAGAGGAGUAUCGAGGCGUUGCUGUUUGUCCUUUCGGCGCUGGUGGUGCUGACCCACCGAGGGACGGAGGUGACAGCGCACGGUCCCCUGGACGGGCCCGAUAGACUGCCCACCAAAUGUGAAGUUUGCAAGUAUCUGUCAGUUGAGUUGGAACACAGGCUGGAUGAGACAGGGAGGUCUAAGGAACAGAUUGAACUGGGCCAUGUACUGGACAGGGGAGAAAGGAAGAGAAAAAUCAACUACCACACCUCAGAGCUGCGUCUGGUGGAGGCGAUGGAUGACAUUUGUGAGAGGAUCCUGGAGUACAACGUGCACGCUGAGCGAGACGGAAGCAACCGUUACGCCAAGGGUAUGAGCGAAACCUUCCAAACGCUGCACGGACUGGUCAACAAAGGGGUCAAGGUUGAACUUGGAAUUCCCUACGACAUGUGGGACACGCCUUCAGCUGAAGUAACUGUCAUGAAAAAACAGUGUGAGUCGAUGCUGGAGAGCCAUGAGGAUGAGAUAGAGAACUGGUACUACAACUUACAGGGGGAGAAAUCUCUACUCCAGCACUUCUGUGCCGACACUGUUCUAGGGAAAAGGGAAACUGAGUGUCUUUCUGAGACUUGGAAGGGGAAGAAAGGCGAUACGGGAGAUCCCGACGACCCUGAUGGAUCCAAGAAGAAGAAGAAGAAGAAAGGCAAGAAGAAGAACAAGAAAAACAAGGAGUCAGAGACGCAAAAUGCUACUGCCGACUCAAAGGCCGAAGACGAUAAACCAGAGACAAGUGACACAAACCCAAGUAUGGAGGAGGGGCUGAAACAUGAUUCUGGAGAGUUAUGAGACCAGCUUGAGAGCUGUAUUUAAAAGGCCACUUGAUUCAAAGAAAUACCAAAGACACAACCAUUUGAAAUGCAGUGAAGAAAAAAACUUACUUUUUUGGUACCUGUAAUUGUCCAUUUAAGGAAAAGAAAAGAGGAUGGGUUAAUUGUACUGAUCUUCUGGUAGUGACUAACAGUUUCUUCUUUUUGGUUUGUAAAAAAAUGCCAAACAGAAUCAAGUAAACAGUGUUUUUCUGUAGGAAUUCUGUGGUUUUCACUUUUAAUGGUUUAACUCAGCUCCCUGCUUAAGUCACCAACAAUAUUUUGCUUGUUUAUAGCAGUAGGAAAAAUGUUAGAAACACUAAAGCAGCUUUAUCACAAGAUUUCACUAAAGAUUUAUAAACCUCACAGUUUCAGGCAAUAAUUUCUGCCCAUUUGUACUGAUUUGCAGAUGCCUGAUGCAAUUUGACACAGUCCAUUGAGACACCUAUAUAUGUGUUAGUGUCACUGACGAAAGACACCAUCUGUUUCAAAAAUCAUAUCCAGUAGCUUGAGUAACUGCUUUUUGGUGUAUCUUAUUACCUGGAUAUCUAACCGUCAUCAACACACCCAUAUAGAAAUAUGUUGACAUCUGUUUGGACUGUAAGUUACUUUUACUGGUGAAUGAAUAGACCAGUGGAUCACGAAUUGUGGAAAGUUUUAAAUUUGUACAGAAGAAAGCUACAAUGUACAUGUAUUAUCACACUAAUUGUAUUGUGAUAUUGAGAUUAUAGUAUUUAUAUAGCCUACACAAUUCAAAGCAUUUUCAGACUUGAAUAUGUGUAAUGCAAACAGUGUAUACAGACUACAGCAGCAAGUAAUAGUGGUAUGUAAACUUGUUCCCACCUAAACAUUGGCAGUAAGGCCUUGUUUUAGAGAAAUUAUAGGGGAAAAAAUAGCAGUAGAAUAGGUCGUUGAUGGCCUCUACAGUAUACUAGUACACUGUUGUGCUGUUGUUGCUGUCUAGAUGUAGAAAUCAUUAUGUUAUUUCAGUGAAGAUUUUAAAGUUAAUAAUAACAUGCUGAGAUGUGAAAGAAAGACAGCUGCUUUUAUUGCAAUGUGACAUUAUCUUGGAUACAAGCCAGUCUAAACUUUAUAGGAAAUAUAGUAACAAAGUGACUGGAAGGUACAUGUACAUGUAUAUGCCAUUGCCAACAUUUAGUAUCUUCUGUGUUCAUUUCUAUAUUUAGAUUGUUGCAUAUGUGUAACCAUGGUUCUGGAUUUUUGCUGGUACUAACGUGAGAUCCUUGGAGAACAAAUUGAAGAAUCUUCAGACUUGUAACAAAGACUUCAACGUUACUAGAUGACAUUGUAUGAUAAUUUGCUUGUAACAUUUAAAAAGAUGCAUGGCAAGAAUGAUCAAUAUAAUGAUAAGAAAUACAAAGGCUGAACUUUUGCGUACAUGUCAACUCUUAAAGUGAUUAGAAGAAUAUACUUUCAAUUCAUUUAUAUGUAUCUUGCUUUUACAUGUUUAGUAGAUUGUGAAAGUGCAUGCACUUAUUUAGAACUGUCGGCUUCUGCAUCUUUUUUAUCUCCAACUCGUAACUUGAAAAUAUGCUCCUCUUCUUGCCAGUUCUCCAAGUAUUCUUGCAAUAUUCCUGCAGUCAUCUGGAAAUAAAACAGCAUCAUACUAUUUAUA